AUGGCUUCCAGCAACAAAGUGAUUAAGUCCAGUUGGGCGGAAGAAGUUGAAUCGGAAAGUGCAUUAACGCCAGUUUCAAGCGAGGUUUUCGAAAACAACGUCAAAAUUGUUACCGAAUUCAAAGUCUUGGACAAUUCUAAAAAAGUGAAAAUUGUACGCACUUACAAAAUAGAAAAACGGAUUGUUCCAAAAUCCAUCGCUCUGAGAAAAACUUGGAACAAAUUUGGCGAUUCUGCUAAUGAUAAAUCUGGUCCGAAUCCAGCCACAACUUUUAUAGGAGAAGACGUUUAUAUGCAGUUCAUCUCAAGCAAAGAGGAAGACAAAAAGAUUGAUGAUGGUCUUGACAAGCUGAAAGCUUUGGGAAAUAAGAACGUGGUUAAAUGUCGUAGCUGUGGAGGAGAUCACUGGACCUCAAAAUGUAUGUUCAAAGACACCUUUUUGACUAACGCUAACUCAAAUGAAACAAAGCCAACUGCCGCCGAGACCAAAAAGUCUGAAAGUUUGAAGUACGUUCCUCCAAGUUUAAGGCAGGGCAAUACCAAAAGAUCUGAUAACACAAAUAGAAGAGACGACAACUAUCCAGCUAUUCGUAUUUCGAACCUUAGCGAGUCAACAACGGAAGAAGAUUUGGCGGAGCUGGUGAAACCAUUUGGGUUUAUUCAUAAGCUUUUUUUGGCAAAAGACAAACAAACUGGUCUCUGUAAAGGAUUUGCUUAUAUCCAUUUCAAAUAUAAACGUGACGCAGCCCAAGUUAUAGCUAGGCUUGAUGGACACGGCUAUGACCAUCUAAUUUUGUCCGUCGAUUGGUCCAGACCACAAGAAUAA